AGCGUCUGGAUGGAGCCCUCAGACAUCCCGGAGACCACCACCCCUUUUGAGUAUGAUCCUCAGAGCUUUCUGUGUGAGAAGAAGACCUUUGUCUUUGCCACCUUCAGCACCACCAUCCUGUACUGCCUGGUGUUCUUCCUCAGCAUGGUGGGCAACAGCCUGGUGUUGUGGGUCCUGGUGAAGUAUGAGAGCCUGGAGUCCCUCACCAACGUCUUCAUCCUCAACUUGUGUCUCUCAGACCUGGCGUUCUCCUGCUUGUUGCCUGUGUGGAUCUUGGGGUACCACUGGGGCUGGUUGUUGGGAGACUUCUUUUGCAAGCUCCUCAACAUGAUCUUCUCCAUCAGCCUCUACAGCAGCAUCUCCUUCCUGACCAUCAUGACCAUCCAUCGCUACCUGUCCGUGGUGAGUCCCAUCUCAUCCCUGCGUGUCCACACCCUCCAGCGCCGCGUGCUGGUGACCAUAGCUGUGUGGGCAGCCAGCAUCCUGUCCUCCAUCCCCGAUGCCAUCUUCCACAAGGUGUUCCCUUCGGGCUGUGAUUAUUCAGAACUCGAGUGGUUCCUAGCCUCAGUCUACCAGCACAACAUCAUCUUCCUUCUCUCCUUGGGGAUUAUCCUGUUCUGCUACGUGGAGAUUCUCAGGACCCUGUUCCGCUCGCGGUCCAAACGGCGCCACCGGACAGUUAGGCUCAUCUUCACCAUUGUGGCGGCAUACUUCCUCAGCUGGGCUCCCUACAACCUGAUCCUGUUUCUGCAGACACUGUUGAAACUUGGCGUCAUUCGGAGCUGCGAGGUCAGCCAGCAGCUGGAUUAUGCCCUGCUCAUCUGCCGCAACGUUGCCUUCUCCCACUGCUGCUUCAACCCGGUGCUCUACGUCUUUGUCGGGGUCAAGUUCCGCAGACACCUCAAAAGUCUGCUCCGGCACUUCUUGCUCUGCCGGCAACAGGCACCUGGCCUUCCCCUGUCACCUCACCCCCCAGGUGCCUUCACCUAUGAGGGCAUCUCCUUUUAUUGA